CCCUUUUUUUCUCCGUCACACAAUUUAAUUGAAUUGAUCUCACUGUUACCCAAAAUGUCGGUCACCGUCAGCUCGCCGGCCGUCCGAUCGUUCCAUGUUUCACGAUCACCUCAUAAAACGAUCUAUAGGCCACGUGUCAUUAUGUGUGCCGUCCGAUCUACUGAUAGCUUAGGAGUAGCACCAAUUUUGACUAAGUUGCAGAAAGACUGUGCUACUCCUCUCCCAGUUUUGCGCCACGUGGCGGAUGCAAUGGCCGAUGAUAUGCGGGCCGGGCUUGCCGUCGAUGGCGGCAGUGAUCUGAAGAUGAUCCUUAGUUAUGUCGACACUCUACCAACUGGGAAUGAGAAAGGCUUGUUUUAUGCAUUGGACCUUGGAGGUACAAAUUUCCGAGUGCUAAGGGUGCAGCUAGGUGGUAAAGAAGAGCGUGUAGUCGCCACUGAGUUUGAGCAAGUCUCUAUACCCCCAGAAUUGAUGUUUGCUACCUCCGAGGAGCUGUUCGAUUUCAUAGCUUCUGCGCUAGGAAAAUUUGCACAAAAGGAAGGUGGUAAUUUUGAGUUGCAACAGGGACGGACAAGGGAAAUAGGAUUCACGUUUUCUUUUCCAGUGAAACAGACUUCAAUAAGAACUGGAAUCCUAAUCAAAUGGACAAAAGGUUUUGCUGUCUCUGGAACUGCGGGAAAAGAUGUUGUUGCUUGUUUAAAUGAAGCCAUGGAGAGGCGGGGAAUGGAUAUGCAAGUGUCUGCCCUGGUCAAUGACACUGUGGGAACACUUGCCGGAGCAAGAUACUGGGAUGAUGAUGCCAUGGUUGCUGUCAUUCUUGGGACUGGAACCAAUGCUUGCUAUGUAGAACGUGUGGAUGCUAUUCCUAAGCUGACAAAAAGGAUGUCCAAGUCUCCAAUAACGAUUGUGAAUACUGAAUGGGGAGCUUUCUCAAAUGGCCUUCCUUUAACUGAGUUUGAUAGAGAAAUGGAUGCCGAGAGCAUUAAUCCUGGUGAGCAGGCAAGUAUUAUUGACUCAAAAUGUGAAAAUUUCUUUUCUUCGUAUACUUGGUAUCACACUGUUUCUUCAUGGUCUUUUCUACUGUCUUAUUUCUUGAUGAAGAUUUUUGAAAAGACCAUCUCCGGUAUGUACCUUGGGGAAAUUGUGAGACGGGUGCUGGUCAAAAUGGCCAAGGUUGGGGGCUUAUUUGGUGGCAGCUAUGUUCCGGAAAAGUUAGUCACUCCAUUUGUGCUGAGGACACCUGAUAUAUGUGCCAUGCAGCAGGAUACAUCAAGAGAUCUUGAAGCUGUUGAGUCUGUCCUCUAUGAUGUAGCUGGGGUAAAAUCCGAUCUAAGUGCAAGGAAAACAGUCGUGGAGAUUUGCGAUACUAUUGCAAAACGAGGGGGUCGUCUGGCUGGUGCAGGAAUUGUUGGGAUUCUACAGAAAAUGGAGGAGGAUUCUAAAGGCCUCAUCUUUGGUAAAAGAACAGUUGUAGCAAUGGAUGGAGGCUUAUACGAGCACUAUCCUCAGUACAGAGGAUACCUCCAAGAAGCUGUCACAGAGCUACUAGGCUCGGAAAUUUCGAAAAAUGUAGUGAUAGAACAUUCAAAAGAUGGUUCUGGAAUUGGAGCUGCAUUAUUAGCUGCUGCAAACUCAAAGUAUGAACAUGAUUAUUAAGGAGAAUGCUAAAUUUCAUGUCUUCAAAGGUUUGCUUGAGGAAAAAUUACAUGAACAUUUGUAAUUUUCUUGUAAUUUAGAAUGUUCUAAGAAGGAUCGAUCAUUGGACUUCUCAUUCUUUAAGUAGAGGCUCUUGUUUGUGAUACUCCCAUUAGUGAAGUACGAAGAAGUGAGGAUUCAUAUAGCCAACCCCAAUUUGUUUGGGACCGAGGCAUAGUUGUUGUUGUAUUAUGCAGCAGUGACUUAUUUAUGUGAUAAAAGCAGAUGUAUCAGUAAA